AUGGAUGUCAAAUCGGUAUUCUUGAAUAGAAUUCUUGAGGAAGAGGUCUAUGUGGAACAACCAUUGGGUUAUGAAGUCAAGGGUGAAGAAGAUAAAGUGCUUCGAUUGAAUAAGGCACUUUAUGGUUUAAAGCAAGCACCAAGAGCAUGGAAUUCGAAGAUUGACAAGUACGUUCAAGAGAAGAAGUAUAUGAAGUGUCCUUAUGAGCAUGCCCUCUACAUCAAAAUGCUAUGUGAAAGCAUACUAAUCAUUUGUUUAUAUGUUGAUGAUUUAGUAUUUACCGGAAACAAUCAUAGCAUGUUUGAUGAGUUCAAAAGAGAGAUGGCAAAGGAGUUUGAAAUGACGGACAUUGGUCUCAUGAGUUACUAUCUUGGGAUUGAGGUCAAACAAGGUGAAGAUGGAAUUUUUAUAUCCCAAGAGGGCUAUGCUAAAGAAGUGCUCAGGAAGUUCAAUAUGAAUGAUGCUAAUCCAGUUAGAACACCGAUGGAAUGUGGAGUCAAAAUCACCAAGCAAGAUGGAGGAGAGAAGUCGAUUUAUGAACCGACAAUGACACAUUGUAAAAUGGCAAAAAGGAUACUUCGCUACAUCAAAUGGACGAUUGGGUAUGGUCUUUCCUAUGUCUCUUCUAGUAAUUUUGAUAUUGUUGGUUAUUGUGAUAGUGAUUGGAGUAGUGAUUUGGAUGAUCAAAAGAGCACUACGAGUGAUGCAUCAAAAUCUCUGGUGUAUAGCUACCAUCGGAGCUUCAACGGCUUUGCAGCGAGGCUAAACGAGGAAGAGGCUCGAAAACUCGCCGAGAUGGAUGAAGUUGUGUCUGUGUUUCCGAGUGAAAAGAAACAACUUCAUACGACAAGAUCAUGGGAUUUCAUGGGUUUCUUCCAACAAGCUCGAAGAACCAGCUUGGAGACCGAUUUGAUCAUCGGAAUGUUAGAUACUGGGAUUUGGCCGGAAUCUCAAAGCUUUUCAGAUGAAGGUUUUGGCCCGCCGCCCCCUAAAUGGAACGGCAAAUGCGAACCCGUUUCUAAUUUCACCUGCAACAAUAAAAUAAUCGGAGCUCGAGUCUUCCGGAGCGAGCCUCUCUUCGGAGCCGAUAUUCUUUCUCCGAGAGAUACAGAAGGCCAUGGAACCCACACCUCAUCCACCGCCGGCGGUAAUUUUGUCUCCGACGCCAGCCUCUUCGGCCUCGCCGCUGGCACCUCUCGUGGGGGCGCUCCCUCCGCCCGCAUUGCCGUCUACAAGAUCUGCUGGUCCGAUGGUUGCUUCGACGCCGACAUACUUGCAGCUUUCGACAAUGCAAUUGCUGAUGGCGUUGACAUCAUCUCCAUUUCCGUCGGAGGUUUUGUCGCCAAGAAUUACUUCAACGAUUCAAUCGCUAUUGGGGCUUUUCACGCAAUGAAGAAUGGGAUUCUGACUUCAAAUUCCGGUGGCAAUUCUGGCCCUAGCCUUGGUACUAUCACGAAUGUUUCUCCAUGGUCGUUAUCGGUAGCUGCUAGCACUAUCGAUAGGAAGUUCGUGACUAAUGUGAAGUUGGGUAAUGGAGAAUCCUUUCAGGGUACCUCUGUGAACACCUUCCAACUUGGAGAUAAGUUGUUUCCACUUAUACAUGCUGGUGAAGCUCCUAAUACAACUGCAGGUUUCAAUGGAUCAUUGUCAAGGUUCUGCAUCCCUGGUUCUCUGGACGUGGACAAAGUUCGGGGGAAGAUUGUUUUAUGCGAUGAGAUUGGUGAUGGGGGACCAGCUCUCAGUAGUGGUGCGGUUGGUACAAUAAUGCAAGAUGCUGGCCACCAAGAUGUUGCCUUUCUUUUCCCCCUACCUGUUUCCUUGAUAGACUUGAAGGCUGGAAAGAAUGUUUUCCAGUACCUGAGAUCAAACAGAAAUCCAGAAGCUACCAUAGAAAAGAGUACUACCAUUGAGGAUCUGUCAGCUCCAUCUGUAGUUUCCUUCUCAUCAAGGGGUCCUAAUAUAGUUACACUGGACAUUCUCAAGCCUGAUUUGGCAGCACCAGGAGUGGAUAUACUAGCAUCUUGGUCUGAAGGUACAACAAUCACAGGUUUAGAAGGGGAUAACCGAAUAGCUCCAUUUAACAUAAUUUCUGGCACAUCCAUGGCUUGCCCACAUGCAACAGGAGCAGCUGCCUAUGUCAAAUCCUUCCACCCAACUUGGUCUCCAGCUGCUAUUAAGUCAGCACUUAUGACAAGUGCUUUUCCCAUGACUCCGAAGUUAAACGCAGAUGCUGAGUUUGCAUAUGGAGCAGGUCACUUAAAUCCAGUAAAUGCCAUUAACCCCGGUUUAGUCUAUGAUGCUGAAGAGCUUGAUUACAUAAAAUUCUUGUGUGGGCAAGGAUAUAGUACUGAAAAUCUUCGCCUUGUUACUGGUGACCAAAGCAACUGUUCGGGUGUUACAAAAACAGCUGCAUCAGAUCUAAACUAUCCAUCUUUUUCUCUAGUGAUCAAUUCUCCUAGUCGAAGAUUGAUUAGUCGUGUCUACCACAGGACUGUCACAAAUGUCGGGCUGCCAGUGUCAACUUAUAAAGCAGUUAUUAAAGCUCCGCCUGGGCUCAAAGUUACAGUACGUCCUGCUACUCUUUCUUUCCGUUCUCUUGGACAAAAGAUAUCCUUCACUGUGACGAUUAAGUCUAAAGCAGAAGUUGGUGGAAAGAUGCUUUCUGGUAGCUUAACCUGGGAUGAUGGAGUGCAUCUGGUGAGGAGCCCCAUUGUUUCAUUUGUUAUUCCCUCAUCAUGAGAGCUUCAUGUGCUUAUUUAGUAUUGUCGGGAAGUCCCCCUAUUUUCCCUUUGUUUCAAGUGAUUUUAUCAUUUUAUGAUUCUAUCAAUAAAUUCUUCUUUAUGACUUA